GCUCUUUAAGCUUGCGGAAGCCGCCCAGCGGUCCAGGCGCCAGGAUGGUGCGUCUGUACAACCUGCACCCUUUUGGGUCGCAGCAGGUAGUCCCUUGCCAGCGGGAGCCCGAGCAGGUCUGCUGCGGCGGGAGCGACGCGCUGUUCGUGGCUUCUGGCUGCAAGGUGGAGGCGUUUGCGGUUCAGGGCACAGAGCUGUGCCGGCAGCGCUGCUCCUUCUCCACGCUGGGCAGGGUGCUUUGCAUGGCCUACAGCGAAGCCGGAGACUAUCUGGUAGCAAUAGAAGAGAAAAACAAGACUAUAUUCCUGCGUGCUUAUGUGAAUUGGCGGAGUAAGAGGAGCGACAACUCCCGCGUGUGCAUCCGGAUGGUCGGCCACCAAGUGGAGGCGUCCUUCUGUGAAAGCUUUAGAGACCAGAUGUCCAUAAUUGAAAUGCCGAUGUCUGAGGCCCCUUUGUGCAUUUCCUGUUGCCCUGUGAAAGGAGAUCUACUUGUUGGAUGUACAAAUAAGUUAGUCUUAUUUACUCUGAAGUAUGAUAUCAUUAAUGAGGAAUUCUCAAUGUUGAACUUUGAACGUUCGUUAAUUAUACACAUAGGUAAUAUCACUCCUGUUGAAAUCUCUUUUUGUGUUGGAUAUGUUGCCAUCAUGUCUGAUUUAGAAGUCUUACUCCUAAAACUGGAGUCAGACCCUACACAUGGAGAGAGAGAUGACCACCACCCACAAGAAACCAGCAAUCCACUGAAACACACGGAAGAUGUCAGUAAUGAAACUUCACAGCUUGAGUCAGAGGAUUUCGUUAUCUGCCUAAAACCCAUGGAACUCCUUGGUGAGAAAUGUGAGCAGUCUGGGAUAUCUGUUAAACUGGAGUCCACAGGAUUGGAAGAUGAGAAAGUAAAAUAUUUACGUGUGCAGCAUCUACUGUAUAGACGCUUUGCUCCGGAUAUUUCGUUCUAUGUCUUGUCUGAUAACGUCAAGUUACAUUCCCUUCAGCUGCUACCCAUCCACCACACCGAUGGUGAGACAGUAGUACCACAGAUCCCCUCCCCCCAAUCUCUAGCUCGGCAUGGCAGCAUUCAUCCCGAUGAAAAAGAUUUGUCUCAGAAAAAAGAGGUGCCGAGUCUCUUCUGUUUCUUCUCGUUACCUCAUGUGGGCUACCUGUACAUGGUUGUGAAGUCUGUUGAGCUAAUGUCAGUCUAUUGGUACCCUGAGAAGUCUCGGCAAGCCGUGCUCACACCACAGUUCUUGCAUGUCAUCACAAGCCAAAGCCUGCAGUGUUUCACGGUGCGAUGCAGCGCAGCGGUGGCUCGUGAGGAGGACCUAUACAUGGACACUACACUGAAGGCUUGCCCGCCUGUCAGUAUGGACGUUUGUGCUCUAAGGAUACAGCUUUUCAUAGGUUUGAAAGCCAUCUGUCACUUUAAAAACCACAUCAUACUGCUGACGAAGGCAGAGCCUGAGGCCAUUCCAGAGAGAAGAGAGUCACCCAAGAGACUUCUUUCUAGAAAAGAUGCCAGUGUUAGGAGCGGCAUCCCUCACGUACCUGAGGCUGGAUGGAACCUGUAUAUCGUGAACACCACUGCCCCAGUUCAGCUAUACAAAGAAAUGGUGGACUAUAGCAACAGCUACAAGACCGUGAAAACCGAGAGCUGCCUCCACUUGCUCAGCGAGGCUCACCUGCUGCUGCGCGCUGCCCUGAUGGACGGCGGCCAGCUGGGGCCUGCAGAGAAAGCAGAGCUCCUGGAAGCUUUCAGAGAGAGCUGCGGCCACCUUGGAGACUGCUACAGCAGGCUUGACACUGAGCAAUCCCAUCUGGCCUUGCCUUACUAUAAGAUGUCUGGUUUGUCUCUGGCUCAAGUCUUGGCCCGUGUGGACUGGACGGAAGAGAGCGAAUCGCAGACAUAUGAGCGAGGACUAGUAUUUUAUAUUAAUCAUUCUCUUUAUGAAAACCUGGAUGAAGAAUUAACUGAAGAAUCAGCAGCAAAAGUGGCCCAGAUAUUCCAUGCGGCUGAGCCAAAGCAACUGCCUCAUGUCCUCUCUAGUCCUUCCAUGAAGAAUAUUGAUCCCCUGACUGCCUUGCGUUAUUUAAGGAAGCUGGAUACUUGUGGCGUUUCACCAGUCUUAGUGACCUUGACCAAGGCUGCAGUGGCCUUGAAAAUGGGAGACCUUGACAUGUACAGACAUGAAAUGAAAAGCCAUUCGGAGAUGAAGCUUGUGUACGGCUUCAUUCUGGAACCCCGGCUGCUGAUUCAACAAUGGAAAGGACAGAUUGUUCCUACUGAACUUGCGAUCAACUUGAAGGAAACUCAGCCUGGAUUGCUUGUGGCUUCAGUCCUGGGCUUACAGAAGAAUAAUAAAAUUGGAACUGAAGAAGCAGAUUCUUUCUUUAAGGUGCUGUGUGGAAAGGAUGAAGACACAGUUCCGCAGCUUUUGGUAGACUUCUGGGAAGCUCAGCUCGUAGCUUGUCUCCCAAAUGUGGAACUCGAGGACCUCUUCUUGAAGCUCAUAUCUCAGUACGUCUGGAGGUUAUCUAAGAGGCAGUGUCCUGAUACCAUACCACUGAGAACUGCAGAGGAUUUGAUGAAUGCCUGCAGUCAUUAUGGCUUAAUAUAUCCGUGGGUUCGUGUCUUAAUGACGUCUGAUUGCUCAGUUGAUAAAAAUUACACCGAAGACCUUUUGAAAUUACAGUCUCUCAUAUGUAGCCCUUCACUGGACGUAGCCUCCAUGAUUCCCUUUCUGGAGCCACUCUCAGAAGACACUGUUGCCGGCCUCAGUGCUCGUGUGCUAUGCCACACACGCUCACAAGAGUACGAACAGUGCAUAGACACAUUGCUAGAGAGAUGCCCAGAGGCGGUCAUCGCCUAUGCUAACCAGGAACUGAAGGACGAUCACUGGAUUCUGUGGUGGAAAAAGCUGCUGCCUGAACUCUGUCAGAGAGUCAAGUGUGGUGGAGAGAGACACUACCUUCACGUGUCAUUGCUAAAAGAAACCCUGUCGGUUGUUGCCGUGGGACUGAACCUGAGGGAUUUCCUGAAUGUUCUCCCAGAAGACGGGGUGGCAGCAUUUUUCCUGCCCUACCUCCUUUUCUGCAGCCGGAAGAAAUCCCUAACUUGAUGGCAUCCCUUUGCAGCACAGAGGCAUAAGUGACUGCACUUCAAAUGCUCUGCCUCGGAUAAAAUAAACUCCAAGGGUUUGUGUUCAUAUGUACUGUAGCUGCUUUAAGGAAGCUUACCUUACUGUGUAAUUACAGCUUUUAGCUUAAUCCAGAACCUGAACCCAUUUACUUGUCUAGCAUGUAAAAACCUUCGAAAUAUAAGAUCUCGUCACAUGAAUUUCCUUUGCUUUUUAUAUUUUUACUCUCUAUUCUGUGUGAACCUCGAACUAUAAAUCUUGUGCUGACCUCAAUCUAUUGUAAACCUCCCAAGCCUUAUAGGUGUGAAGGGCUAUGAAUGUAUUUUCAAAACCAGACAUAGGCUUCUGUUGUGAGAAAUAGCAUGGACUCAGUGCUGAAGACAUGACAAUCAUGUCCACCCAGGGACACUGGAAGGAAAUACAUCACAAAUAUGCUCAAAUGCCCUGCUUGCUCAUCAAACAAUAUCUUGAUUUUUACAGAUUUUUCUUCUGGGUUACUGUUUUAUAUAUUUAUUUAAGUAUGAGAAAGAUGUAAUGCUUCAUCCCAGUGAAAGACUGCAUACUUGACUUUUGAGCUACUUUUGAAAUUCAUGCUAUCUUUCUCUCAGAAUCAGAUAAAUGCACUCUUGUCUGGCUGUUAACAUGACUUGUUUAGUUCACAUAUUUUCAGUCAAAAUCUUGUUUAUAUUUUUUAUGUGUAUAUACUCCUAUUGUUUCAACCCAUAGUAUAUGAGAAAAUAAAAAAAAUAUCAUGAUGUUCA